AAAUUUCAAGAGUGAUUAAAGUAAUCAAAAAAUAAGUACAUAGUAAAAUGAACAAAUAUUCGAACGUUACGAACGCAGUUUUAAUUGGCAGUUAGUGUAAAAUAAUUGUAGGUGUUAAAUUCAGAGAAAUUGAUUUCAGUCUUGAUAAGUUAUUCGUUUCUUACAAAACUCCUGAAAUGGCUGUUAACAUGUUUUAUCAAAAGUUUAUUUUAUUUAUUGGGAUUUUCGACCUCGUGGCAGCUGGCAUUUCACCAAUUCAUGAUAUGAAAGAGCAAAUGUCAACCAAAUUCGGGGGCGAAGGUUAUUUACUGAACUCACCGCAUAAAGUUUUAAAGCAACUUGACAAUUCUAUACUAAAAGCAACCAAAAAUGUAACCCAAAACCCUAAAAUGGAAGAAAACCUAUAUCAAAUUUCAAAGGAUCUCGUUAAUGCGAUUCUAUCGAAACUAGACAUACAAGACAAAAUAACAAGAAUCACUAGAGAUGCUCUUGAAAGUCCAGAUAAAAAUAAAGGAAUUACAGCAAUAGAAACGAGACGAAUUUUAGAUUAUUUAUCUAGAACUUUAUCUGGACAUAUAUUAAGCAUAACUAAAAUAUCGACUGAACCUGAAUUGCAUCGACUGGUAUAUGGUUUAGCACAAAUUGCUGCUGAAAUAUCUAUAGUAGCUGCUCUUAAAGAUAUCACAUACCCUUCUGCAUUGUCCAAAAAACAAUCUGUAGAUUUAUCGCUAAGAAAGAAGCGAGCAGCCAAUGAUAUGACUGAAAAAAUUGUUACCACACCUAUUCCAACGCCUUCUAUUUAUAAUGUUAUAUUAAAUAAAACAGAUGCUAUUAAUAAUUUAAAAUCAGUGAAUGUAUCAAUGUUAAGUAAAAGGAAAUUAACUCCGUACUCUGUUUUAUCUAGAAUUGAUAGAAAACCAUUGCUGUUACUAAAUACACAAUUAGCAAUGCCAGCUAUAACGAAAGGUUUUUUGAAUCAAACUGUAUUAGAUGCCGGCAAUACCAAUACCAGUACCAACGAAACAGAAGGAAUAUUUAUAGAAAAUUCGAUUAAUGGUACUCAUUAUGUAAUUGCUACACAGACAUUAGAAAAUCAAGAAUCAACUGCACCGGAUCAACUCGUAGAUGACUGGUUAGAUUCUAAGGAUAAUAUGUUUAAAUCUCCAUUAAGAUCAGACAUAGUAGCUGAAUUGGAACUGGAUCAAGCUGAAGGUGACGAGGACGCUAUAAACAAUAAAAAGGCUAAAUUAAAAUUAGAACGGCUUGAAGUGAAAGCAAAGAAAGCUAUUCUUUACGCUGGAGACGUUGCUUAUCUCACUGCAGCUAGUGUUGUGGCAUUGAGACGAGCUUUAACCGCGUCCAUUGAAGUUAAAAUGUCUGUGACAUUUGCUAAGAACGGAAUGACUUCUCAUCAAGACCUAAUGAUGAAUUUGGCAAAAACAGCCGCCCAGCAAGCUGGAAAAGAAGCAAAGAUUGCAUCUUCAAAAUCUCUUGCCUGCGAAAGAGUUAUAAAAUUGGCACUGAAGUACACAGCACAAUCAUAUGGUGCCAAUCUCAAUCAUGUCGCAAACAGAGUAAUCAUGGACACGCUGUCUUUGGCGACUCUUGCUAAAUCCAUGGCGUUUGUGUCAUCCGAUAUCGCAAUAAAUUCUUUGUACCAGGCAACUGAAAUGAAACCUCCAUCGUGAAAUUUAAAAGUAAAUAGUAACGAUUAGUAUUUAAGUUAAUUCAACACGUUUAUUUCACAUUUCUAUAUUGCGUAGUUAUUGGUAUUUAAAAUUGAAUGUAAUAAAAUAUAUAUGUUCUUUAA